AAAUUAAAUUCCACAGUCACACAUAAAUAAAAAUUAAAUAAAAAGAAGUGCAACCCCACCAUUAUAGCCAAUUAGCUAGCCAAAAAGAAACAAUACAGACAAACCAUCAGUUUCUCCACUCAAAAACCCCUCCUAACUCCUCACUUCUCACUCUCCGAACCACCACCACCACCGCCAUUAUUUCCGACAGAAGGUUCUUUAUAUUUAUUUAUUCAAGAAAAGAAAAGUGAAAAACACUUCGAAAUCUGUUCUUAUUUUUGCUCGCCUUACUUUACUCUGAGCCAAUAUCCGUGUGCCAUUAUUGAGAUGGUUUGAACAAGAAAGGUAGUAAUAGUAAUAGUUGUGCCUCGUUUGAAGUGCCCUUUCAAAAUCGCUUCCGGUGGAGUCUAUCUCAAUCAGUUAACGAAAACCAACGGUGCUGAUUAUACUACUCGCCUAAAGAAAAAGCCCAUUACCAUUCCCUCUUGUGAUCUGUUUCAGUUGCCGAUUCUCUCUCUGUUCUUGUUUCAAUACAGAGGCGGGUUUGAUAAGAACGAAAAUGUUGACAUGCAUAGCUCGUCCGAAGAAACUCGGGGAUGACUCGCUGAGUCAACCCGAGGAAUCGGAUUCCACUAACAUCCCCAACAAUAAACAGCAAGCGGCGAUCAAAUCAAUCACAUCUCAGCUCAAGGAUAUGGCGUUGAAGGCCUCGGGAGCUUACAGGCACUGCAACCCGUGCACCGGUCCGGUGACAGCCCAGGGUCGAGUGAGAAGCAACGCCGAGUCCGAUGCCGACUCGGACCGGUUCCGAUGGUCAUACCGACGGACAGGGAGCUCGAGCUCGACGACGCCCAAGACUUGGGGAAAAGAAAUGGAGUUGAGGCUUAAGGGGAUCUCAAGUUCGAGUGGCGAAGGGACGCCGAAUUCGGCUAGUGGGCGGAGAGUGGAGCCGCCGAUCGUAUUCGUCGAGGAGAGCGAGCCCAAGGAGUGGGUGGCCCAGGUGGAGCCCGGUGUUCUCAUCACCUUUGUUUCGCUUCCGCGUGGCGGGAACGAUCUGAAGCGAAUACGGUUCAGCCGAGAGAUGUUUAACAAAUGGCAAGCUCAAAGAUGGUGGGCAGAGAACUAUGACAAGGUUAUGGAACUUUACAAUGUUCAAAGGUUUAAUCGUCAUGCUUUCCCUCUUCCAACUCCACCUAGAUCUGAAGAUGAGAGCUCAAAAAUGGAAUCUGCAGAGGCUAGUCCUGUAACACCACCACUAACCAAAGAGCGGUUACCUCGUAACUUAUACCGUCCAACAGGGAUGACUAUGGGCUACUCAUCUUCAGAUUCAUUUGAACAACACUCAAUGCAGUCCCGCCAUUUCAAUGAUUCAGGUGGUGUUAAUUCCACACCGAAACUCUCAAGCAUCAGUGGGGCUAAGACAGAGACAUCGUCCAUGGAUGCUUCUAUGAGAAGUAGUUCAUCAAGAGAUGCAGAUCGUUCAGGCGAGCUAUCCAUUAGCAAUGCUAGUGAUCUAGAGGCUGAAUGGGUUGAACAGGAUGAGCCAGGGGUUUACAUCACAAUCAGAGCAUUGCCAGGUGGCAAGCGAGAGCUUAGACGAGUCAGAUUCAGUCGAGAAAAAUUCGGAGAGAUGCAUGCGAGAUUAUGGUGGGAAGAGAAUCGAGCAAGGAUACAUGAACAAUACUUGUGAUCAAUUGAAGGUGGGGUGGGGGUCAGCUGCUGGUGCCAUCAUCCAGAGUCUGAAGGUGUUGGUUUAUUUAAAUUUUGUUUAUCUUAUUUGUUUCGCCAUACUACUAAAAAAGCCUUGUCUAUAGAAUCAAAAUGGUGCUGCUGGCGCCUCUGGAUGUUCAAAGUGUUGCUGAGCAGCAUACACCACCUGAAAUCAAGUUGCAAGGUGACUGUAUGUUGUUGAUCCAGAUCUUCUUUCUCAUAGGAUAUGGGGUAAUAGACUUUUAAUUUCCCCACUCUUUCUUUUUUUCUUCUUUUUAUUCUUAUUAAGCUAUUGGUGGGUGAAGAGCAUCUUUGUAUUUGAAUUUCAAAGUUGACAUGUCAAUACCAGUGAAGAAAAUAUUCUCUUUC